GGCGCCGCCCUGCGUUGGGCAGGCGCCUCCCGUCUAGGAGCCGCCGUCCCCUUCCAGACGCUGAGGAGUCGCUGCUCUGGCCGCUGCCCACCGGAGCUGUGCAGGGAGGACAGCCUGCGGCGCGGCGAGGGAUGCGGCCUCGGAGGGGCAGAGGCUGAGCCGGCCCUUUUCCGCGGCACACUGCUCCCGCCUCCUCCGCGGCGCCCGCCCCGCCUGAUUCACGGCGGGAGCGGCAGGAGGGAGAACUCCGACUCCGCGGCAGGAAAGUAAAUAAACUUAAUUGAGAAUGUCUGAAAACCUUGACAAAUCCAAUAUAAACAAAGCAGGAAAAUCAAAAUCAAACGAUUCUGAGCAAAACCUUGAAGAUGCUGUGGAAGGUUCUGAUGAAGCUUUACAGGAAAAAACAAAGUUGGGCUCUCCCAGCCCCCAAAGAGUGCAAAGACCUCACUCUAGUCCUCCUCAAUUUGUGACAGUAGAAGAACUUCUAGAGACAGCAAAAGGAGUCACUAAUAUGGCUCUAGCACAUGAAAUUGUAGUAAAUGGAGACUUUCGGAUUAAACCAGUUGAGUUACCAGAAGACAGCUUGGAGAAGAGAGUAAAGGAGAUUGUACAUAAAGCCUUUUGGGAUUGCUUGAGUGUCCAGCUAAGUGAAGACCCCCCCACAUAUGACCAUGCCAUCAAACUUGUAGGAGAGAUCAAAGAGACUCUUUUAUCUUUCUUGCUGCCUGGUCACACCAGACUGAGAAACCAAAUAACAGAAGUCUUGGAUCUAGAUCUGAUAAAGCAGGAAGCAGAGAAUGGGGCCCUGGACAUUUCCAAGCUGGCAGAAUUCAUUAUUGGCAUGAUGGGGACACUGUGUGCACCUGCUCGAGAUGAGGAAGUUAAGAAAUUAAAGGACAUUAAGGAAAUAGUGUCCCUUUUCAGGGCAAUUUUUUCUGUGUUGGACCUAAUGAAAGUGGAUAUGGCGAACUUUGCCAUCAGUAGCAUUCGGCCACAUCUCAUGCAGCAGUCAGUUGAAUAUGAAAGGAAGAAGUUUCAAGAAAUUUUGGAGAAGCAACCAAAUUCCCUGGACUUUGUCACCCAGUGGCUAGAAGAAGCCUCAGAUGACCUUAUGAAUCAGAAGUAUAAGCAUGCCCUGCCAGCUGGGGGAGGGGCCACUGGCUCUGGGGGCGCUCCCGUGCCGAGUCAUGCUGCUGUCCAGAAUUGUGCAUACCUGAAGCUUCUGAAAUGGGACCACCUCCAGAGACCUUUCCCUGAAACAGUUUUGAUGGACCAAUCUCGCUUCCAAGAACUCCAGCUCCAGCUGGAGCAACUGACCAUCCUGGGGGCUGUGUUAUUGGUCACAUUCAGCAUGGCAGCCCCGAGAAUUUCCAGCCAGGCUGGCUUUGCUGAGAAACUCAAGAUGAUUGUGAAGAUUUUGCUAACAGAUAUGCAUCUGCCCAACUUCCAUCUGAAGGAUGCCCUGACUACUGUUGGGGAGAAAGUCUGCCUGGAGGUGAACAGCUGCCUUGCCCUGUGUGGCUCCUCCCUCUUUACCGCAGACAAGGAGACCGUGCUGAAGGGCCAGAUCCAGGCCAUGGCCAGUCCUGACGACCCUAUUUGCAGGAUCAUGGAAUCCCGAAUCCUGACCUUCUUAGAAACCUACCUUGCCUCGGGCCAUCAGAAGCCAUUACCCGCAGUACCUGGGGGAUUGGGUCCAGUUCAGAAAGAGCUGGAAGAAGUUGCUAUUAAGUUUGUCCGCCUGGUCAACUAUAACAAGAUGGUCUUCUGUCCCUACUAUGAUGCAAUCCUCAGUAAGAUCCUCACGAGAUCCUAACGUGUGUGCACCCUCCAGCAGCAGUAUUAUUCACUCUCCUCCAAGUAGCUGUUCUCAACUAUAAUGUUGCUUUGGAAAAUGGCUGUGUAGUAAAUUUUUAUUUAAAAGCGCUGAUUCCAAAGGGAAGAAUAUUGUAUCCCUGUUGAAGAGACUUGUUGAAAAAAUGUACUGAAUUCUAUUUUGACAGAUUGUAUUUAUGAGUGCAAGUUUACAAAUCAAAGAAGCUUUUUGUUACCUUGAGUUUUAUAGGUAACACUCAGCUUUUAAACAGUUGACUGCCUGUGUCUCCUUUCAUACUCUAUCAUGAUUACAGCAGCCAUGUCCUUCCAAGGAGGCUGGGACCUCUCUCUUCUGCGAUCUGGGUAGUUCUUUCAGAUACCCCAUGCUGACAGCCACCCAAGAGUAAAAGAGACCAAGCCAUGACUUUACCUCUUGUCCCCUCCCACAGCCCCCCACUCCUCCUCUUCCCAGGUAUUUUGUGUUAGAUUGGCCAUCUUCUUAGAUAGUCUUACUACCUUUUUCUUCGCCCCUGUUUUUUGCUUCCUCCCUUCCUGGCCUAGCCGGGGCUCCAGAGCCCUUUUGUCCUAGAUUUUAUUUCAUUUUAAAAAGCUGGUUCUUUUAUACAAAAUCCUGAGCCUGGAUGAUAGCAGUUAUGACUUACGGGAUCUAGAGAAAGGAAAUUCUUUGAUUUUUAAGCCUUGAAAGUUAAGGAGGAAAUUAAAAACAUAUGAGGGCACUUCAGAAAGUUUGUGGAAAAAAUAGAAUUGAAAGAUAAUACAAGUCUUUCCAUGAACUUUUUGAAGUACCCUCAUAUUUAUGUAUAGUUUAGUGUAAUACAGAAGAAGAGAAAUGUCUUGGAUUUUUACUGAAAAAUUCACUCUGAUAUAAAACACAGAUGUAUUGAUUGAAUUAACAUUCUGGAAUUAAAUUUAUGUGUUUUCAGAUAAAAUAGCCCAAGCUCACUAAUCUCUUAGAUAAGGAAGACAUAGAAAAUACCUGGGUUUGUAUUUUUGGUGUCUGGCCUUGACCUUGCUGUUAUCAGCACCACGCUCUACCAAGUGAGCUGACCAGCCAGCCCUAUCCCUAGUUUUUGAGCAGUAGUUUUCAAGGAACUUCAGUGACCAGAAUUCCUGACAUGCCUGUGACUGUAAGAAAAAUUUGGGUGUCACAGACAGAUCUGUUCUGUUUAAAACUAAAGUGUGUUGUGUGUAUUUUAUUUUAUUUAUUUUUUAAAGAGAUGACCGGUAAGGGGAUCUUAACCCUUGGCUUGGUGUUGUCAGCACCACGCUCUCCCAGGCGAGCCAACCGGCCAUCCCUAUAUAGGGAUCUGAACCCGUGGCCUUGGUGUUAUCAGCACCACACUCCCAAGUGAGCCACAGGCCAGCCCUUGUGUGUGUGUGUUUUAGACAAGGACAUUAUAUUAGAAGCAGAGCCAUGAAGUUGUUGGAGUGAUCUCCAACUGCCAGAACAGCAAGGAGUAAAUAAUGGAAGGAAUCCCUUUAUUAAAGCUGUUGAUGGGUGGGGUGGGGAGACAGGGUUGAAAGCAGCAAGAGGAACAUUGGGUACGGAAGGGUGUAAGUUCGUUGCUCCUGAGGCUGUCUACUGAUACCAGGCUCCUUAAGAGUGAAUGGUUAUACUGGGGAGGUGUGAUUUCUUCAAAUACAUGCUACAAACUGU